CGGCGGAGCGGGGCCAACAGAGAGAGAGAGGCCCAGUCAGCCAGUCUGCCUGGCAGUCUAGUCAGUGUUCUUCGAGGGGCUGUGGUGAGCAGACGUGCAAUCAGUCGCUGUGCGCGCUGUGCCGUGUGCCGCGCCAGCCCUCGUGUGCACUGGUGGUGGGAUGCCUGUGUUAGUGUCUCAUGUGGAGAGCCUCCACCUUCCCUACAAACCACUAUCCAAUCAGCAGCCCUACAGCAGCCGGUGACUAGCCCUCAGCCCACCUGGCUGGCUGUCCACCAUGUAUUCAGCCGCCACCCGAGAAAUCCUGGGCUAGGACCACGAGGAGUCUGUACUGGUGUGCGGGAGUGUGUGGUGCUAUGUGUUCCUGAAUGUGUGUGACGAUGAAGUUUAGUAAGGAGAACUCCCCCAGCGGGAUGUUGGUGCCCCUGGAAUGCAAGAAUCCCAACCUACUAAUGAAGGGCGACAAGAACGUGACUGCGGCCCGUGCCCUUCAGAAGGAGCGCCGCAAGAACAAACGGCGCGAGAAGGAGAAUAUGUGGAAGAUGAAUAACAAGAGGAAUGCCCUGCAGGAGCCCAUCGUCAUGCACUACCCUGCAAGGUAAGCGAACUGCAGGUGUUAGUGGUGUCACUUUCCUGCUUUUCUGGUCGGCCCUCCAGACAUUGCACAAGUCCAGCGCCCGUGCCCAAGAUGCCCACUACUUCUUGGGCGGCAUCAACCAUGACUGGGUGUGCUACUACGAGCGAGGCGUCACCUCAGACCAGUCCUGCAUCAAUGAGUGGAAUGUCAUGGACAGCCUUGAGUCCAAGAGGCCUCCCUCACCAGAUUCUCUCACUGAUAAAGAGGAAACACAACUCCUCAUACGCAGCAAACUCAAGGAAAUCAUGAUGAGCGUUGACAUCGAUGAAGUCACUUCCAAGUACAUCAGGCAACGCCUUGAAGAGGAUCUGGCCAUGGAUCUGUUCAAGUUUAAGUCCUACAUUGAUCAGGAAAUGCUGGUCAUUCUUGGUCAGAUGGAUGCUGCAACAGAAAUCUUCCCCCAUGUUUACCUCGGCUCAGAGUGGAAUGCAUCCAAUCUGGACGAGCUGCAGUGUAAUGGGGUGGGCUACAUUCUCAAUGUUACAAAGGAGAUAGACAACUUCUACCCCGGAACAUUUGACUACCUCAACAUUCGGGUGUAUGAUGAUGAGAAGACAGAACUCCUCAGGCACUGGGACAGAACAUUCAGAUACAUCACCCAAGUCCAGGAGAAGAACUCAAAAGUGUUGGUACACUGUAAAAUGGGAAUAAGUCGUUCAGCAUCAGUUGUCAUUGCCUAUGCCAUGAAGGCCUUUAACAUGAGUCUUGAUGAAGCCCUAGCCUUGGUCAAGAAGAAGAGGAGCUGCAUCAAACCAAACCAAGCAUUCUGUAACCAACUCAAGACGUAUGAGGGAAUCCUUGACGCAAGUCGACAGAGGCACAACAUUCUGUGGAGAAGCAAGUCUGAGACAAAUCUCAAGUCUGCAGCAGGUCAGGCCAACCGACACAAUAAGAGUCAGCAGAAUACAAAGUCCAAUGAUGAUGUGGAUCAGAGCAAUAACACCAAGAAUUUACGCAAGAGCACUGAAGAAUUGCCCACAUAUGACACAUCGUUCGGUGGCUAUAAUGCCCUCAUUCCCACGCCAACCAACCUCCAGAAUGGUGAAGGAAACAAGAGGCCAAAGUCUUGGUCUCCCGAUGACCACAUGGCUGCUCUCCUUUUUCCUCAAAAUUCUGAGAAAGGUGGGAGUUACUUUGGAGAAUCAUGGCGCCUCUCUCAGUCCCUGAAUGUUCAGUCCUGGCGGGCUCACGUGACUCUUCAGCAGAGAGACUUACGAAUCAUGGCAGUGGAAUGCCCUGGGGACGAAGACAAAGACUCACCUUCGUCAGUGGUGGAAGCGUUAAACCCCCUGUACUCGGAAGUCCCAACAGACGGCAUUACUGGCGAAGUAUCAUCGCUCCAGCUUUCUUCAACAGUCAAGGAUAGAAUUAAUGAGUUUGAAAAUGUACAAACAGGAAAUCAAGCACUUUCAAAGAAAGGUGAUAAUGGCAGAAAAGGGGAAGCAUUAAUGAUACAGAAUACAGUAUGUUCCAGUGAUGACUUUGAUAAUCACACAAGUACUGCAGAACUUGAUAGGGUCAUUGAGACUUUACUUACUCCGGGUGAGGACAUGCAGAGCAGUGAACCAGUGAUUUCUCAGACCAAAGCAGUUACUCAGAAACAUCAAGCUGUACUGGUCUCAUCACAAGUGUGGCAGGAAGAGAACAAAAGUGAAGCGGAAGUGAAUGUGAAUCCAGUAGAAAGUCCUGUGGGUGUGCUCAAGGAGUCUAUCACUUGGCCAGCAGGUAUAGUGAAGAGACAAAAACAAGACUUUGAGGAGAAGGUAAAAAUGAGUGACUCUAAGUCACCCUCUAGUAGUAAGGAAUGUGAGCCAUCUCUCUCGAGACAGAACUCUUCAAGCUCCCUUAGUGGUCAAAGAGUAGAGGUAGUAAGGUCUCCAAGUUAUGGGCGUCAGGAUUCUAUAGGCUCGGAUACAGUUAAAAGAGAUGAUCCUUUUUCAGCUAAACUAGAUAAAGUGUUUGACAGAGAGGAAAGAAAGCAACAAAGACUAAGUGCCAUUAUUCAUGUAAGCGGAGAUACAAAGGAUACACCUUCACGUAACAGUUCUUGGGGAUCCUUUGACAGUGCUGUAGUGUUAGCUGAUAGGGAUUUGCCAUCAAGACAAAGUUCAUGGGGCUCCUGUGAUACCAGAAUAACAGCAGGUACUGUAUCAUCUAGAAAUAGUUCCUUUGGAGCAUUUGAUAAAAAACCACAGCCUCUUAAAGAAAAUUUAGAAAUAUCAGUUCCAAAUAGUAACAUAACUGGUACUUACUUUGAAAAAGAUCCUGGCCCAUUCACUCCAGGAACUAUCAGGAGAAACAAAGGCAAGAAUUCAGAUGUGAAAGAUGGGUUAUUAGAUGAAGAUAUUAAACCACCUGAUGAAAAUGAGGAUGUAGAAGAAGUAAAGGCAGAAGACACUUCUCAAUUCAAGGCUGUGGCAAACAUGAAGGCCUAUGGACCUGCACCGUACAAGAGUCCAACAGAGAGGGAGAGCAGUACUAUCCCAGUGGAACUGGCUGAUGAGGAAACAGUAGAGGCCACUGAUAGUUCCUCUGAUCACCAUCAUAGCAACCCUGCUCUAAGUAUUUGCAUUCCAAAUAGUACAAAUCCCUUGGCCACCACCAGGUCUCAGCCCAGUGUAUGCACAACCAUAUCCUCAACUGAGAACUUGUAUACUGAGCUCAAUGUGGAUAAUAGGUUAAAUGACAGCAAGACCAGUACAGGGAGUGAAAAUAUCUCGACACUUGCACCUGGAACUGUAAGACAGCACAAGGAAAUUUUAGAAAGUAAGAGUCAGGAGGGAUCCUUCUCAGAGGUACAAAAAAUACAAGAAAAACUUUUCAUCCCUUCUUAUUCACGUUCAAAGAGCUCAUGUGAUUUAGAAACUAAGGCUGAAUCAGAUUCAGCAGGUUCUGAUAAUCACAACUUUUCUGAAAAGAGAGCAAAGUUUGAAGGUCAUUUAGAAAAUGAAUCAGAAAAAGGAAAGGUUAGAAAAAUCACACAGGCUAUUGAGAAACAGAAUGAAGAUGAAAAGAUGAAACAAUACAAAAUAGAAGGGAUAAGGAAGAGAUCUCACAGCUUGGAGCGCCUCAGCACCUCACCCUCCUCACCUGGCAGCUCACAAAAUGGACUGCUGGAGCAGCUCUUAGUUCAAGCACAGACAGAUGUUCGGCAUAUGGAAAUGGAGGAAAAUCCUAUGGAAGAAAUACGUGUCAAGAAUCUGGUUGGAAAAUUUGAAGACUGCCAAGAGCAGAAACCACCCAGGGUUCAGACUAGAAAUACAAGAGCUAAAUCAGAUAGCUGCACACCAGAUAAAUUUCAACCCCCAGUACCUCAACGUAAAUCAAGUCUAGACUACAAUUUCAAACCAAUACAGAGAUCACAGUCUCAACCACCUCAGACUCCAGUCAGACAGCCAACCCCAGGAGGCAGUCUGCCCUUCUCAGGGAAGGCUCCUUCUCACAAACCUCCACCAGGGGGACGGGGUCAGGCUUUGGGUACAGAAGUGCGGCAAAGAAAACAACAGGGCAAGACUCACCCGUUGACAAAGCUCACACGGGCAACAAGGGAAAAUUAUCACACAAUGUAAGACUUAACUUUUACUACUUAUACGAGGAUGCUAUUAUAAAUGCUUCCAUAAUUGAAAACUAUCUUGUGAUAUGUAGACUAAGGAUAGUGUAGCCACUUUCAGGUGAGGUACAGAUGUCCUGAUACAAAAGCUGCAAAGUGUGUAGGUGUAAGAGUGAAUCUCAUCUACAUGGAAAAUUGCUGUUAAGUGGCCGUCAAUUUCCAGAUCAAUAACUUUUGUGCCUCUGUAGAAAGUUCCUGCUAGUUCAUGAGAGGUGACCAUUGUAGCAUUUAGCCUCACCAAUCCUACAAAAUCUCCUACUACCCAAAUGUAGCUCAUUAGCUACAAAAAAGCUAUAAGAUUCUUUUUUGUGUCUUGUGCACACAUUACUAGUCGUGGAAAGUAGGAGCAUGAAUGUAUAUCAGGACACCUGUAGCAUGUACUGUAUGGAUAUUACGUAGGCAAGGAUUCUGAAAUUUCACUGGUGUUGUAGGAUGGUGUGAUCAUCUGCUGGUGGCCAGUUACAAGUAAUAAAUACCACUUUGAAAUCAUGUGACUAAUUUUUUAUAUACUAGCUGAUCUUGUCAUGAUUUUAAAAGUAUGAUCUGUAAUCUGUGUCACCUGUGUUACCAAGGCAUAUUUCUGUAACUGAGCAGUUUUUCAGUCAUAAUGUGAUAGUUCAGAAUUCAUGCAGUAGUCAUUUCUCUCUACGAUUAUUUUCCAUACUGUGGAAGUCUACUUGUACUGUGCUGCUUCACUGUAGUGCACAACAUAUGAUUUCCACUGAGGUGUGCUAGUCCCUGCUGCUGUUAUCUUUUUCUAGUCUUACCUGAGCACCUGUAAUUCCCUUCCACAGAAUGUUGAUAUUGAUAGGAUUAUUUUUCUGAUACAAAAACACAAUGUAUGGCAUCUAUAUUCAAAAUCUAUUCCAAAUUGUUGUGUUGACCUUAAAUCCUAUUUAUGAAAUUGCCAAUACUUGUUGGCCACUGGGUGUAUUGCAUCUUGUUGUUUAAUAAUUCUUUAUGUAUUUGUGCUGGUAUUUUCAUAGAGUUCCCUUCAGUAUCUAGCGUCAUAGAUAUGUGAAUGUGGUGUUCCAGCAUAUACAUGAUUUAUGUGAUAUGAUUGACUGGCAUCUUCUACUUUCCUUGAAAACUUUGUGCAUAUCAGUCUUGAAAAGUCACCGUCAGACUCAAAUUGGAAAGCUUGCAAUGAUUAAUCCCAUGAUGUACUUUUAGAUUUGUAGAUGGCAUCAGUAGACAUUCCUCCUUUUUGCUCAAUUCUGAUGACUCUUCCUUUUGUGUCAUCGUUCUGUAUUAUGUUUGUGAAUGUAUACUUAUAUCGGAUACUUAUCAAGACAAAUUCACAUACUACCUUAAUUUGUGUCCAUUUAUUCAAAGGUAAUACUAAGUGUCUGUAUGGUCUGAUGUUGCUGAAUUACUGCUGAUUCAUUUAAUGAGACAACCCAGGCCACUUGUCAUUUGUGCGGACUCUGCUAGGCACUACACAAGUGUAUUUUUAUUAUUAAGAGGUUAUGAACAAAGAUGUCAUUGUAGUGCAGCAUGUGGAAGUUGAUCAUUUGCAUUAGGUGUUAACCAAAGCCAGGAAUAUUUUGCACAGUCCUGUAUCCCACUGAAACUUACAAAUUGCCUGAAAAUUUAUUGGAAGGAAUUAUAUUUGUUAUUCUUGAGCACCUUAAUCUGCAGCUUUUUUUUUUUUUUUCUUUUUUUUUUU